GUCAAUGGCGCCACCUCCUUGGCAGCCACGAGGGCAGCACUUUAUGCAGCCACAAACCACAACAAAAACAACAGCAACAACAGGAGAUUGAGAAGAACUGGAGACAGCGAGAAAAAGAUCAGAGACAAUAAGAGAAAUCAACUUGAGGAUUUAAUGCCAGCAAAUUUACUGUUAGAGGAUCUGCAGCAAUCUAACGGACAGCUAAUCAAUCUGACAAGGCAUCACGAUGGCGAUAUCUUCUAUACGAUCGGUUUGGGCGGUGGCAGUUGCAAUGCGGACACCUGCAUCGGCCUCUCGAGUGGCACGGCGGCUGUGGUGCGUCUGGGCAACGAAGGCAACGGUAAGUUGCACGAUUAAUAUGGAAAUUUGUUUGCCACUUAACAUGCUGAUGGACUGGGUCAAGUCUCAGCCUCAAUGGCUGGCGGCAGAUUAGAGCUGUUAACGCGACGCAUGAAGUUGCAACGUGCCCAGGGGCAAGAGCAGGGGCAAGGGGAAAUGGAUGAGGGCUGCAGUUGCCGUUGCCUGCCAUAUUUGAGAGCCUAUCGCGAAGAUCUGGGCAUCUGUGUGGAUGACAUUCAUGAAUGCUCUCUCUCACCAUUUGUCAGCGGCUCAUCGUCGGAGAAAAUUCCAUUUGUGUUUUUGCCACUGCGAGGCCAAAUCAUUUAUCCGAGCAGAGAAAUCAGUUUUCCCAAUAUUCACACUCCCGUUUGUGCGGUAACGGGUGCCCAAUAUUUGGGCUCAAAUGGUUGGUCGGAUCUACGUAAUCCCAUUGACACCGAUUAUCCAUUUCGCAUGUUCCGUGAUGAAGGACGCAAUUUUAUCAAGUGGCUUGGAGACGCUGAUCUCCGACAGAAGAUGCAGGGUCGCCUCAUCGUGGUUCACUUGGUCUGCCGAGACAUGACAGUCGCCUUGAAUAUUAGCCAAAAAGAUACUUUGAUGACGCCCAAGAAUGUACAUUCUCCCUGCGUUGCCUUUCGCGUCAAUGGCAGCCCAGUCAAAUACUCACACAAUGUGCCGGAGGUAUUUUUUCAACCCGCCAAUUCAACGACUUUGGCCUCCACCUCGGAUGGCAUGACUAUGAGAGAAUAUGUUGUCAUUGGCAUCUGCAGUCUUCUGUUGGGCCUAAUCUAUGUGGCUUCUGUCUUUCUCUAUCUGUUCAUGAAGAAGCGCAAGAGUCGAGGACGACAGAGUUCCCGACACUCGCUCGAUAAUUUGGCGAAUGAGAUCAACUAUCCGAAGAACGAUCAGGUCACGUUUGGAGCACCUUUCAGUAGGGUUGGUAGCAUCUACUCGGCCAAUAGCAUGGGACUGGGCAAUGGAAAUGAGAGUGGAACACGUGCCAGCAUGUCCAGCUUAAAGGAUGACAUAGGAAUAGUUAAGAAUAAUCCACUCCUGCAACACUUUCCACAACUGGGAGAACGCGAGCACAAUUCUGGAUUUUCCAGCGAUAUUUCCAACUCUAAUUCCGAGUGUGAGAUGGAGGAGAAGAUCAAGACAUCGGUUUCGGUUCUGGUGCAUCCACAGCUGAGCAUGUCCAACAAAUCCCCCAAGCCAGGCAACAAUGUUACGGAGAGUUCCUCCCACGAGACGGACGACUUUCUGCAGGAGAACGAGUGUCUGCCCAAGGAGAAUGUGGACGUCAUUGAGGAUCUGAUGAGCGAGGAGAAACUAGAGAAUCUGCGGGCCAUGGUCAAUGGGAAUGUGCGCAAGAAACUCUACUUUAAUCCCGCCUACUUUGAGCCACAUUUGUUGGCGGAACCGCCGCAAGCUGCCAUUGAAUUUCUGCAAAAGAUUCGCGAGGUGAUUGCCAUAGCCAAGUACAAGAUGGCCACCAAGCGUUACCAGCCAUCACUUAACAUCAUUCCGGAGGAGCAGCCACUGGAGUCGAAUGUCGAGUCUUCCUCAACAAUGUACAAUGUGCCGCUGCAACAGAAUCUUCAAGCGAAGAGUCUGGGAGAUAAACGCAACAGCAUCGAGCAGUGGCUACAGAGUGUUCCCAACUCGGAAGUGAGUUCCAAUACGAAGACUGCCUCGCCAAAGAAGCAAGGUUCGCCCACCAAGAGCAAUUCUUCGCUAAGAAAGGAGAUUUCGGCACCUAAAGAACGUCCGCCGCCGCCGCCCAAUCAAAAGUUGAAUGUGGAGCAGUCGAAACAGGAACAGGAUCCAAGAAUCCAGUUGGAGCAGUCGCGAUUUAGCAAGUCCAAGUCCAGUCCGGAGCCUGUUAAGCCCAAAACCCCUCCCAAUAAUUCCUACGAUAGUUAUUCCUCGUACAAGUCCAAUGUCUACGGCUUUGCAGAGACGGGUGGAGAGAUCUACAACAAUCCCAAGUUUAUGCUGGCAGAUACUCCCACAGGAUCCCUACGCAGCUCCUCCAGUCGCUCCAAGUCGCUGAGGAAACGUAGCGAAGUUCUGGAUCAAUUUGCCGCAGCGAAUUCCACUCCAACUUCUUUAAACUCCUUUGAUCGUCAGCAUUAUAAUAUGCUGAGGAAUAUGAAACCCACUGAGAUCAUUUAUGAUUCCUUGAAGCGAGAAUAUGCAGCUCACAUUCCCACGCCGGACUAUGACAGCACCAUUGAGAAGAAGAUCAAGGAGAUCUACAGCAGCACACAGAGCAGCAUUCCAUCAGUUCCAACACCCGACUAUAGUUCCCUAAGUCGAAAGUCCCUGAAGCAAUUCCAGCCGGAUUCUCCCAUCUACAGACGCAAGUCGCCACAAUAUUUGAUCGUAGACUACGAGACGGACAGUUUGGAACGUCUGGAGCCGAGCAAACGAAAGAGUUCGCAUUCUUCCAGCUCUCCCUCUUCCGAUGUGAGUUCCCAACUCAGUCCGAGCCUCAGUACAGCGCUACCUCUCGAGGAGGAAAUGGAGAUCAGUCACACAGUCUACGACCGCUUGAAUGGAUUUCGCAAGGAGGGUGAAUUGAAGAAGCGUCACUCCCAGCAUCAUCAUAAUCAGGCACAGCGUCACAAGGAAGUGGCAGCGAGGAUCAAGUAUGAUACGCCCUUUCGUGGCAGCAUGACGAUCGAGGUGGAGCACGAACCUCCCUCCGAUCUUGAGCGCACAGACAGCGAUCAGUUCGAGCCGGACACGUUGGAUAGGAAGCCGAAGAAGCAGAGCUUCUGUGACAUCAAUGCCUGGGAGAAUCAGGGACGUCAGUCGAGUAAUGAUCAGUAUGAUCCGUAUGUGGAUCAGAUCAAUUCUCUGCCAGAUCUGAGUCAGGAGAAUAGCAAACCACGCACCGCUUCUUUCAUUCUACGAUCCAGUAAUUCCUUCCGUAAUCUGCGGGAGAUUUACGAGUCUCCGUUGGCCCUUCAGGAUCAUUACAAAGCGGAGACUCCGGAGAGAUCCACCGAAGAGGCGGGACGCAUACUCACGCUGGAGGCGAAGCAUUCACGAAGACAACGUGGCAUGCAGUCUUCUCCCACUCUCUCUGCCGUGGAUGUGAGUAGAUCAAAGACCACGAUCACCAUUUCUUCGGAGAACCAGGAGUCUUCUGCGAGGCGUGAGCCACGCCCCAAGUCCAAGCAACACUUUUGUGCGCCUCUAGUGCAGAGCAAGCGUCCCUUACCCCCGCCACCCCCUUCGCCAAGCCCUUCUCCAAACCCCCAACGUCUGGAGGAAGACAAUUACAGCAUGCAGAGUGAGAUAACGGAACUGACAGGAGUCUCGGAGAGUCAGGAGAAUUCCUGCAACAACACCAUGUCCAGCGUGAUCUCAGCGAGAACAGAACCCAGUAAAAACAAGGCAUUAAACUCUACUUUAGAACAUAAAGAAAAUGAUCUAGAAGGACUUUAUGGCAAAAAGAUCCACAGUCUUCGAAACGAUUACAGUCUCAACAAGUAUCUAAAUAGAAGAAAGUCGCAAAAGGGCGACAGGGAGAAGGAUCAUAAAAACGAGCAGGAUGUGGAUCAACUCAAGGAUGCAGCUCAACUGGAAACGAGCAACAACAACAACAAUAACAAUAACAAUAACAACAAUACGAAAAAGGAUCUCGAUCUCAAUCAGUUUGAUGCCUUGUCGAUCAGUUCGCGUUCAAAUCGCAGCAGCAGUCAACUCUCGGAACGCACCAAGGAACUGUACCGCAAUGCGGGAGUUCCAGUGGGCAUCGCCUAUCCCCAAAGAGCAGCCAAUAGUGCCAGCUCCAACUCCAAUUCUAUCUCCAGUUCUGCUUCCAAUCCUAGUGCGAAUAUCCAAACCGUUUAUCGCUGUGAAAUUGAGCCGGCUCAAUUAACUGCCGGCAUGCAGAUCGCCAUUGGCCUCAAGGAUCGUGCCAAGAAGGCCAAGGAUCUGAAGAAUGCCUGGCGCAAGUUCGUCACAAUGGCGGCCAACAAGUUUAGUCCCAGUCAAAGUCCAGCGCCCAGUUAUGGCACUAAAACUUCAGCUGGAUUUCUGGAAUCUGAUGAUGGCAUUGCCUCCAUCAUUGAGGAUGCAGUGCAUCCUCCCAGCUCAACAGUGCAGCCAGGUAGUCAGCAUUAUUAUGAACAACGUUUUGGCCAGUUGGACAGUGGUUACAUGAGCACCGAUUCUACGGAGCUCUACAAACGCAAUGUCUACGAUCGCUACAAUUUCAAGAUGAUGUCCGGUCGUGGUCAGAUCAUAAGGGUAGACACCAUCGAGGACAAUGAAGAGGAGACGAUCAAUGCCAAUGCCAAUCGCUUGGAAUUGGAUGCCGAUCGCUUUGAGGAUCUGGAGCAUAUGGUUUCACCGGGUAAUCCCGGUCAGGAUCUGAGUGAUGCCGAGUCGGAUAAGACCCUAACACGCUCUCAAUCCAAUGAUCUUAAUGUGCGCGGCAGCACCACAACCAUGUCAUCGUAUUCCUCCGAGGAUGAUCAGCGUCGUGGUCACAGCACCUGUUGUGGCUCCUCCGAUGAGGAGACCAAUGCCGAGGACAUGUGGGAAUCGGGAGCGGAGAGCAUUGAAACCCACUCGGUACUCUACAAGAUGAUACGGAAAACUUAG